CGAAGUUGCAGUAAUAUGCAUAGCUACUUGGUAGUGGAGAGGAGCGAAAAACAGUACAAGAGAAGAAAAGAGAAGUGCGACGGGAACAAAAGAAAAAGGGGGUUGUGCUAAGCAAAAUUCCAAAAAGCUUGUGGUGGGAGAUUUUGGAAAACUGAAUUAGAAUCUGGGUUUUAUCAGAUUAUCAUGGAAAUGGCUUCGACAAACAAAGUUCUUAUGGUUGCAGAGAAGCCCAGUAUUGCUCUCUCUAUAGCCUCCACACUCUCCCACGGUCGAGCAUUCUUUGUGUUCUGCAGAUGUCUACAAGAAAGGGUAGUACAGAUGUCCAUGAAUUUGAUGGGAGUUUUCUUGGGUUUCAAGCGCAUUAUAAAGUGACAUCAGUAAUUGGGCAUGUUUUCAGUGUAGAUUUUCCAGCACCAUAUCAAAACUGGGCAGCAACUGAUCCUCUGGAUCUCUUUCAAGCUCCUAUUUGUAAGGCAGAAACAAACCCAAAGGCUCAUAUAUGUAGACAUUUAAGUCAAGAAGCUCGUGGCUGUGGGCAUUUGGUGUUAUGGUUGGAUUGUGAUCGUGAAGGAGAAAAUAUAUGUUUCGAAGUUAUUGAGUGCACCGGGUUUCAUCUAAAUAAGGGAAGAAGGAUUUAUCGUGCACGGUUUUCUUCUGUUACUGAGAAAGAUAUUUUGGGGGCGAUGGCCAACCUUGUUGAACCUAAUAGACAUGAAGCACUGGCAGUAGAUGCUCGGCAAGAGAUAGAUUUGAAAGUUGGUGUUGCAUUCACACGAUUUCAAACAAGUUAUUUCCAAGGAAAAUAUGGGAAUCUUGAUUCCAGGGUUAUAUCCUAUGGGCCUUGUCAAACUCCAACCCUUGGAUUCUGUGUACAACGCUAUUUUCAGAUCAACACCUUUAAGCCAGAAAAGUUUUGGUCCUUACACCCUUAUAUAAUUUAUAAUGGUUAUGAACUUCAGUUAGAAUGGGAACGUAAGAAGUUGUUUGACAUAGAUGUUGUGAUAAUGUUUCAGAAGUUAGUAAUGGAAGAUGGAAUUACAGAAGUGACAGAAAUAUCAGAAAAGCAAGAAACAAAAGGACGUCCACCUGGUCUUAAUACAGUGAAUCUUUUGAAGGUUGCUUCAAGUGCAUUAGGGCUUGGACCUCAAGUGGCUAUGCAAGUUGCUGAACGCUUGUAUACUCAAGGUUUCAUAAGCUAUCCACGUACAGAGAGCACAUCUUAUCCUUCUUCAUUUGACUUCAAAGGAACACUUGGUGUACUAGCAAAGAACCCAACAUGGGGUAGUUAUGUACAGAGAUUGCUUGCUGAUGGUUAUAAUAAACCACGAGUAGGAACAGAUGCAGGUGACCAUCCUCCUAUAACGCCAAUGCUUUCAGCAACUGAGAAUGAGCUAGGCAAAGAUGCUUGGAGACUAUAUGAGUAUGUGUGUCAACAUUUUAUUGGAACCUUGUCUCCUGACUGCAAGUAUUUAAGAACAAAGGUAGAAUUUUCAAUUGGUGGAGAAUCCUUCCAAUGUGUAGGGCAACAUGUCACAGUGAAAGGAUUUACAGCUAUUAUGCCUUGGUUGGCAAUACCUGAGAAAAAUCUUCCUCAGUUUACAAAAGGAGAGAAGAUAGAGAUUUCAAAAGUGGAUCUCUUUGAGGGAAGUACCACACCUCCAGAUUAUCUAAGUGAGAGUGAUCUGAUUUCUCUUAUGGAGAAGAAUGGAAUAGGCACAGAUGCUUCAAUUCCUGUUCAUAUUAACAACAUUUGUGAGCGUAAUUUUGUGCAGGUACAAGCUGGUAGGAAGCUAGUUCCAACUCCCUUGGGUAUAACCCUGAUAAGAGGCUAUCAAUGCAUUGAUCCAGAUCUCUGUUUGCCAGACAUUCGUAGUUUCAUUGAACACCAGAUAACUCUUGUUGCUAAGGGUCAAGCAGAUCACAUACAUGUCGUGCAGCAUGUACUUCUACAGUUCAGACAAAAAUACUGUUAUUUCGUUAAACAGAUUGAGAACAUGAAUACUUUAUUUGAAGCCCAGUUCUCUGCACUUGCCGACUCAGGACGGAAUCUCAGUAAAUGUGGCAAAUGUCUCCGAUACAUGAAGUACAUUUCUAGCCAACCCCCACGACUUUAUUGUAAUACAUGUGAGGAGGAAUAUUAUCUUCCUCAAAAGGGUUCAAUCAAGCUGUACAAGGAACUUACUUGUCCUUUGGAUAACUUCGAGCUUUUGAUCUUCUCCAUGCCUGGUCCAGAAGGCAAGUCAUUCCCUCUCUGCCCAUACUGCUAUAAUAGUCCUCCAUUUGAAGGAAUAGACACGCUCUACAGUGCAGCAAAAACCACUGGUUCUAGCAAGUUGGGGAAGGGAGCUGGAAUGCCAUGCUUUCUCUGCCCGCAUCCCACAUGCCAACAUUCAAUGAUAGCACAAGGAGUAUGUGCUUGCCCAGAAUGUAGUGGAACGCUGGUCCUAGACCCAGUGAGUGCUCCCAAAUGGCGACUGUAUUGCAAUAUUUGCAACUGCCUUGUCUUCCUUCCCCAAGGUGCUCACCGAAUAUCAACUACCCAAGAGAGUUGUCCUGAAUGUGACUCUAAAAUCAUAGAGGUCGACUUCAACAAAAAGACGACGCCCUUGGAGGACGGAGCUACAUUGUACAGCGGUUGCAUUCUUUGCGAUGAGUUGCUUCAUUCACUUGUGGAGAUGAAACAUGGGAAGUCUUUUUUCAAACGAAUGGCUUCGAGAGGAAGAGGCAGAGGAAGAGGUGGUGUAUAUAGGGGAAGAGGGCGGGGUAGUACUGGGAAAAAGGUUGAUCCAAAAAUGAGCUUUCGAGAUUUCUGAGUUGUAAAUUGUUCACAUUCUAUGGUUUUUUAUUUUAUUAUUAUUAUUUUCUUUUUACUGGUAACCCUUCUGAAGUUAUGAAACCUUGUAAAAUUUAAAUUGCAUUUCUUUUCUUUGUUACCUAGAAUAGAAUAGUACCUCUUGUCCC